AUGUGGAUUCAAAAAGUCAUCAUUUUCGUUGUUUUUUGUUUUGAAUCAAAAGAAAGUUGGAGAAUUGAAACCGAUCGUUAUAGAAGAGUCUCAGCGGAGAAUGUUUCGGACCUUCUUCUCAUAUAUAAAGAUCUUUCUAUAUUGAGUCGUAUCGUGAAUGCAAUUGCUCUUCAGUCAGCAGCUGUUCACAAUAUUGUAGAAAUUCGGGAAGUUGUUACUGAAUUUCUGAAGGCCGACACCAAAAGUUUUUCGGAAGUUGUCAAGAAUAAUCUCAAUCAUUUUCUUCCAAUUCUAAAAGAUUUAGAGGACAGAGCUAUCAAAUUGUCGCGAAGUGUUGGAAGUUAUGAGAGGACUGUAAUUGACAAAAUACAGAAGAAGAAUGCUCUUAUCGGUUCAUACGCUUCUGUUGGAUUCCUUCUCCGAGAAACACAUUUCAUGGGGAAAAUUGACGAACUGUUUAAGUAUGUCAAGACAAAAAACACUAAGGAAUGUGUAUUAGCUUGUGCUCCAGAUGUUGUUCAAAAUACAAGAAAUUUCUAUUCUCUUUCAAAAAAGAAUACAAUUGUCUCUCUGAACGCAAAAAACAAUUUGGAAAUCAUUUCAAAUUUGAAGAAAAACAGUGGAAAUUUGAGAAAAUGUAUGGAUAAUUUCAAAAAUUACAACGAAAACGUGAAGAAAGUUUUUAAAGACAAAUAUAUGUACUUCAGUUUUCUGUUGUCAUUCAGAAAUACAAUCGAAGAGUUUCACACUGAUUCUUCAGAUUUGAAUAAGUUUGAAAAUUAUAUGGAUAAGCUUAAAGAGGUUAUUCAAAAAACAGAAAAUUCAAUGGAUGGCCGAAAAUCAAGCAAAAUUGGAGCAAUGUUUCGAAGAGGAAUCAAUCAUUUGAUGAUUAUUACGGAUUCCAAGAAUGCACCGACUCGUUCAUGGACUGCUGGAUUUACGGAAAUAAAAGAAAUGGGUCGAGUAUCGGAGGAUUUGAAAAGUGAAUGGUUUCAAGAGAAGAUUUCAAAAGGAAAAAGUACUGAAGUCAUCGAGAAAAAUCUCGGCGAAUUCUUCAAGUUUGUCGAAAUGAUGAUUGAAUUGGAGAAAAGUUGGAAGACUUUUCAGAAACUGUAUUUCGAAUCGAGCCAUUACUUGGAGGUUACUGCCAAUAAAGUCAAUUUCACUGAAUAUCAUUCUUCGAAAAUCGAUGUGAAGUUUCUGGAUGAAUACAAGACAAUUUUCAAAACCUGUGAGUAUAAAUCAUCUUUUGAUACUGAACAUUACUCUGUGUUUGAUAAAGAAAAGAUGGUUCUCAAGAAUAUAAACUCGGCUAUUGAUUCAAUGAAUACGUGGACAUCUGAAACAGUUUCUUCGAUCGAUCCAGAUGUUCUCGAUAAUUUUCUAAAUCAACUGGAUAGUACCAACCGUCAAUCCGACGCUCAGGCAUCUUUGGACAACAUUCGAAGUCUGAAUGGCUAUCAAUCAUUUCACAAUUUGAUUGAAAAGUUCGAAAAAUUGGAAACAAUUCAAAAUACUGCGUCUACUGCAUUCGAUGAAAAUCUGAUCAGCGGCGCAGAGCCAGUCAUUUCAAAAACGAUUGGGGAAUUUCAAAAUUCAACUUUUCUUGUUUUUUCAAACUGUCUUGUUGACAAAUUCACAUUUUCUGAGGAAAUGUCAACUGUCAUUGAAUACGUUCGAUCAGUUCUGGAUAUAACUCAUUUCGAACCAACGAGAAGACUAUUUUCACAGUUUUUGGAAAUGAGAAAACACUUGACUAAAGUGGAACUUUUAGUGAAAGGAAUUGCACGCUCUGCAAAUGUAUCCAACGAAAAUCCCCUUUUUAAACUAGAAAAACCAAAAGAAGUAUCAAUGAGUUUCAGUAGAGGAGUCAGCAUGAUUCAUGAUAUGGCAAUUGCAUUUCAAAGUAGACAAGUUCUAAUAGAAGCAACAGGAUACAAUUCAGAUGUCUCUGAAGUUAUUCGAAAAAAUAAUCCAAUUGAUUUUGUGAGAUCGUUCUGGAAAAAUCCUGCAGAGCCAAUAAACAAGCUUAUUGAAGAUUUGAACAAAUUGGACAAGUUCGCAGCAACCAUCAAAAAUGAAAACUUACUCAAAAUUAGAACAAUUUUUCCUCGUGCGUCAAAAGUAAUUGGAUUCCCAGACGUUUUUGGUUCUGUGUACCGUCAAUUGAACUCAUAUGGUUAUUCGGAUGAGGAGAAACUUCGAAAUGUGGAAAAUGCGAAGAAGUUGAGCGAGCUUUAUUUAGACUUCUCUUCUCAUAGAGGAUAUCUUCCUGCUGCGAAAUUGAGUGUUGGAAAUAUCAAGUCGUAUUUUGACGAUGUUUUUGAACUUGUUGAUAAAUCUAAAAAAAAACGUAGUGAGAAUGCAUAUGGUCUUGUCGCAGGAAUUUCCAUUUCUAUAUUUGUUGCAAUUGGAUCAAUCAUUCUGGUGGCUUACGGAUUAACUGAAAGUGGAAAAGAGAAAUAUAAAAAGAUUUAUUUGUAUUAUUUCCCAAAGCAACAAGAAUUAGAAAAGCGAUGGAGAUAUUCUCUUUUCAUGGAUCGAACAGAUGGAAAGAAUUCACUUUUGGAUGCGGUCAGGGAAAUUCACGAAGUAAAUGUUUUGAAAGCGGUGAAAAGAGGAGUUUAUAUCAACGCAUAUAACUACAUUUCUCCAGAACUUGGCAACACGGCUUUACAUAUUGCCACAAAACGAGCUUAUCCAAAAAUAGUGGAUAUUCUCAUCAGACAUGGAGCUGAUCGAACACUUCUGAAUGCCCAAAACAAGACUCCUGAACAGUUGAUUCCGCAAAACUAUCGAGAAACACAAACAUUGAAAAUUAAAAGAUUCGAAAAAGUGGAAAAAGUUUACAAGAAAUACAAAAAUAAGAAGUUUAGAAUUCAAGUUCCGAAUUUAUUUCCAAACAGUUCGUUUCAUAUUUAUAUUGAUGGACGGACUGAUGAUAAUCUCACGAAUUCGUUUAUUGAGAAGUUUCAAGCAAUUUCGUCUGAAGAAUUUCUCCCGACUACGACUCAUUGCAUCGUCAAAUGUAAUGCAGAUGGUACACUAGAAACGGAUGAAAUGAAACUAUUGAUGUGGAUAUUCAGUGGAGUUAUUAUAAUGAAAGAUUCGUGGAUGAGUGAAUGUCUAAAAAAUGAAGACAUUAUCAAUCACGACUAUAAUUAUUUGGUUGAGAACGUCAAGUACAACGGAGUCAUUUACAAUACAAUCACUCAGUGGACAAACUCGAUGGCUAAGGGAUCAAUGCCUUAUUUAUAUGGAAUAUCCGUAGCUGUUGUUAAUUUAGACUACGAAAACAUCUCUCUACUAUCUAAUAUUGUGACAAUGCAUGGAGGUACAAUGCUGGAUACAUUUCCUACGAAAGAAAGUUAUAACAUCGGAUCUCGUCCUUAUCUUCAUGUGAACACUCCGCCUCUUUUUCUUAUUCAUAAUGGAACGGUUGACUUGAAAGUUUAUAAGAAUGAUCCUGAUAAGAUGUAUACACUUUUCACGGAGCAAGAGUUCCUUGUGUUCAUGUUGAAACGUAAUAUUCAAAUCAACACGAAUCCAAAUCCACUCUCAGUUGCGAUUGAUGGAAUCAUUGAAUAA